AUGUCUCCCUCGCGCCGCAGUGUCAGUUUCCGCACCGCUGAUCACCUGGAGUUGAGAGGCUGGUUCUAUCCUGCGGGCGACAAGGCCCCGACAGUGAUCCUAAGCCACGGGUUGACCGGGCUCAAAGAGCAGUUCCUCGAUUCUUUCGCGGCGCGGUUCCAAGCCAACAGAUUUGCCUGUCUGGUGUACGACAACCGCAACUUCGGCGCCAGUGACGGACUGCCCAGGUAUGAAGUCGAUGCAUUCCGACAGGUCGAGGACUAUCACGACGCCAUCACCUUUGCCACGGGUCUUUCCGAGGUCGACCCCGAGCGCAUCGCCGCCUGGGGCUCCAGCUACAGCGGCGGCAAUGUCAUUCAAGCCGCCGCCGUCGACCGGCGCAUCAAAGCCGUCAUUGCACAGGUCCCCUUUGUCUCAGGGAACAGCAACGCGGCGACGCUGUUGCCGCUGAUGCCUACCAUUCUCGCCGACCGCGCCGACAUUGCAGCCGGCAAGCCGGGCCAGAUCACCCAAGUCGUGGCUAGCAGCCUCGCCGAGGCCAAGGCGGGCAAUUCUAACAGCAUCCUUCCUGAGCCGGACGCCUACCAAUUCUUUGUCGAAAACCCGCUCCCCAACGGCAUCGUUUGGGAGAACAAGAUCACUCUGCAGAGCCUAUUCAAGUUGCUCAAGAAUGAGCCGCGGGCCUACAUCCGUCGCAUCGCCCCGACGCCGUUGUUGAUGGUAGUUGCCGAGGAUGAUACUGCGGUUCAUGUGCCAACCCAGCUGGCCGUCUUUGGCGAAGCCGGAGAACCUAAAGAACUGCUUUUCCUGCCGAAAACCGGCCAUUUCGAACCCUACAGCGGCCCCGCGUUCGAAGUCAACAUUGAGAGACAGUUGGCCUUUCUGAAAACGCAUUUGCUAUGA